AUGCCACCACUAUCUCGUCUCGAUGCUGUAUGCGAUACCGCGACGACUGCUACCACCAACUUGGAAGAUCUGCAGGAGCUGUGUAGGCGAGUACAGCUGCUUAGAAAGGGUGUGAAUGACAUCUGCAAUAGGAAAAUACCCGCAUUGGAGUCCUCAAUAGAGCAGUUCCAUGAGACACAUUUGCAUCGCCUUUUGGCAACAAAGGAUGAUUUUACGAUGGAUUCACCGGUACACUCCAUCGGUUUGCUUCUCAGCUCGAUCGACGCAUUGCUUUUGAGGACAGAAAAUUCUUCUCAGAAGAGGUGGACAGCUGCGCAUCGGAGUUCUGCUGCGGAGUCCUCGUCGACUACCAUCUUUGCGGUUGGCUAUUCACCUGAAACCAUGGUCCCCAGUUCCGAUCUUGUCCACUAUGCAGAGCCAAAGAAAGUGGAAAUCAGGCCUUGUGAUAGCAGCCGUAACUCUCGACCUCCUGAGAGAGAACGUGUGACACGCUCGACCAGUACUACUGCUGCCGAGAAGCCUGCCGCUGCGCCGGAGAGCAAGCCCGCCUCUGGUGGGUUCGGCUUUGGCGCGGGCGCUGGUGCUGCCGAGAAGCCUGCCGCUGCGCCGGAAAGCAAGCCCGCCUCUGGUGGGUUCGGCUUUGGCGCGGGCGCUGGUGCUGCCGAGAAGCCUGCCGCUGCGCCGGAAAGCAAGCCCGCCUCUGGUGGGUUCGGCUUUGGCGCGGGCGCUGGUGCUGCCGAGAAGCCUGCCGCUGCGCCGGAGAGCAAGCCCGCCUCUGGUGGGUUCGGCUUUGGCGCGGGCGCUGGUGCUGCCGAGAAGCCUGCCGCUGCGCCGGAGAGCAAGCCCGCCUCUGGUGGGUUCGGCUUUGGCGCGGGCGCUGGUGCUGCCGAGAAGCCUGCCGCUGCGCCGGAAAGCAAGCCCGCCUCUGGUGGGUUCGGCUUUGGCGCGGGCGCUGGUGCUGCCGAGAAGCCUGCCGCUGCGCCGGAGAGCAAGCCCGCCUCUGGUGGGUUCGGCUUUGGCGCGGGCGCUGGUGCUGCCGAGAAGCCUGCCGCUGCGCCGGAAAGCAAGCCCGCCUCUGGUGGGUUCGGCUUUGGCGCGGGCGCUGGUGCUGCCGAGAAGCCUGCCGCUGCGCCGGAGAGCAAGCCCGCCUCUGGUGGGUUCGGCUUUGGCGCGGGCGCUGGUGCUGCCGAGAAGCCUGCCGCUGCGCCGGAGAGCAAGCCCGCCUCUGGUGGGUUCGGCUCUGGCGCGGGCGCUGGUGCUGCCGAGAAGCCUGCCGCUGCGCCGGAAAGCAAGCCCGCCUCUGGUGGGUUCGGCUUUGGCGCGGGCGCUGGUGCUGCCGAGAAGCCUGCCGCUGCGCCGGAAAGCAAGCCCGCCUCUGGUGGGUUCGGCUUUGGCGCGGGCGCUGGUGCUGCCGAGAAGCCUGCCGCUGCGCCGGAGAGCAAGCCCGCCUCUGGUGGGUUCGGCUUUGGCGCGGGCGCUGGUGCUGCCGAGAAGCCUGCCGCUGCGCCGGAGAGCAAGCCCGCCUCUGGUGGGUUCGGCUUUGGCGCGGGCGCUGGUGCUGCCGAGAAGCCUGCCGCUGCGCCGGAGAGCAAGCCCACCACUGGAGGGUUCGGGCAGGCCCCGACGACCGCCUUUGGUAAGACCCCACCAGCGUCAAGUGCCUUCGGCCAGGCACCAUCAGCCGGAGCUGCGCAGCCCGCCGCUGGAGGGUUCGGGCAGGCCCCGGCGACCGCCUUUGGUAAGGCCCCACCAGCGUCAAGUGCCUUCGGCCAGGCACCAUCAGCCGGAGCUGCGCAGCCCACCGCUGGAGGGUUCGGGCAGGCCCCGGCGACCGCCUUCGGUAAGGCCCCACCAGCGUCAAGUGCCUUCGGCCAGGCACCAUCAGCCGGAGCUGCGCAGCCCACCGCUGGAGGGUUCGGGCAGGCCCCGACGACCGCCUUUGGUAAGACCCCACCAGCGUCAAGUGCCUUCGGCCAGGCACCAUCAGCCGGAGCUGCGCAGCCCGCCGCUGGAGGGUUCGGGCAGGCCCCGGCGACCGCCUUUGGUAAGGCCCCACCAGCGUCAAGUGCCUUCGGCCAGGCACCAUCAGCCGGAGCUGCGCAGCCCACCGCUGGAGGGUUCGGGCAGGCCCCGGCGACCGCCUUCGGUAAGGCCCCACCAGCGUCAAGUGCCUUCGGCCAGGCACCAUCAGCCGGAGCUGCGCAGCCCACCGCUGGAGGGUUCGGGCAGGCCCCGGCGACCGCCUUCGGUAAGGCCCCACCAGCGUCAAGUGCCUUCGGCCAGGCACCAUCAGCCGGAGCUGCGCAGCCCACCGCUGGAGGGUUCGGGCAGGCCCCGGCGACCGCCUUUGGUAAGGCCCCACCAGCGUCAAGUGCCUUCGGCCAGGCACCAUCAGCCGGAGCUGCGCAGCCCACCGCUGGAGGGUUCGGGCAGGCCCCGGCGACCGCCUUCGGUAAGGCCCCACCAGCGUCAAGUGCCUUCGGCCAGGCACCAUCAGCCGGAGCUGCGCAGCCCACCGCUGGAGGGUUCGGGCAGGCCCCGGCGACCGCCUUUGGUAAGGCCCCACCAGCGUCAAGUGCCUUCGGCCAGGCACCAUCAGCCGGAGCUGCGCAGCCCACCGCUGGAGGGUUCGGGCAGGCCCCGGCGACCGCCUUCGGUAAGGCCCCACCAGCGUCAAGUGCCUUCGGCCAGGCACCAUCAGCCGGAGCUGCGCAGCCCACCGCUGGAGGGUUCGGGAAGGCCCCGCCGACCGCAUUGGGAAAGGCAGUGUGCGGUUUUGGAGCGGGCAGCGCAUUCGGAAUUGUCGGAGGGUUCGGAUCGGGUGCGACGAGCGCAAGCUUUAGCUCGGCAUCGACGCCAGGGUUCGGGCCUACAAGCGCAUUUACGAGUGCGUUUGGUGGUGCUCCGCAAGGUGGCGGCUUCUCGAGCGUGCCAAAGAGCGCCUUUUCCGGCGGAGGCAACACAAACAGUGCGUUUGGAGCAUCGUCCUUCAGUUCACUGGCUGCAAACUUCCAGUGA